AUGUCCUGGCACCGGCGGUGGCCGCGCCCUUGGCUCCUGUGGCUGCUCCUGAGGCCGCUGCUCCAGCCCCAGGUGUGGGCUGGACAGUUGUGCCCCAGCGGGCUCUUCCCUUGGGGAGGUCUGUGCUGUAACCGCUGCCCCCCAGGCUGGAGGGCUCCAGAGCCCUGUGGAGAAGUUGAUGUGCAGUGUAGACCAUGUCCUUCCAAUGAGACCUCGUCCCCAGAAGGCACUUCUGAGCCCUGUCAGCCAUGUUGCAGCUGCCCCCUUGGACAUUUUCUCAACAGUACCAACCACUGCCAGCCAUGCAAGGCUUGCCCGCCAGGCAAUGAAGCCAGGAUUCCUUGUGGGAAGGAAACUGACACCGUGUGCCAGCCCUGUCCCCCGGGCACCUACUCCAAGGAGAGCAGUGUCCAGGAGCCCUGCAAGGCCUGCACCCACUGCAAUCAGAGCAAAGUGGUGGUCCUGGCCUGCACUCGCCUCUUUGACACCCUUUGCAUGGAUGAGGAACUUCACACCCUGAUCCGCGAUGCAGAAGCCAAGGGUGCAGACUUGAAUGUCUCUUCCACCUUCCCCGCACCUCCUCAGGAUUCGGGCGUCAUCAUCCCCAUCUACUGCUCCCUGCUGGCUGCUGUGGUGGUGGGACUCCUGGCUUAUGUUGCUUUCAAGUGCUGGAGAACCUGCAAGCAGAAACAACAGCUGGCCAAGGCUCGGGCUGGGGAGCUGGGGGUCUCCGAGGGGGAGAAGCUGCACAGUGACAGCAGUAUCUGCCUGGACACGACAGGACUCCAUGAACUCCAUGGUUUGGGCAAAGGGGCCAAGCUGGAGCCCUGUCGGUGGCAUCUCUAUGGGCAGCUCCCCAGGGGGCAACAAGAGGAGGUGGAGCAGCUGUUGGAAGUGGGCAGCCCAGCAGGCUGGCAGGUCUUGGCUGAGCAGCUGGGUUUUGAAACUGAGGCUGUGGCAGCAAUGGGCCUGGACCCAGCACCUGCUCACACUUUACUGAAUGACUGGGCUACUCAGGGUGGGGCCGGAGCCACCCUGGAGGUCCUGGAGGCAUCGCUGAGGGCCAUAGGCCGAGAGGAUGUGGCCAGGGCUCUGUUGCGUCCUGAUGAGGCUAACUCCAUGGUAUGAAUCUCAGGCCUGGGUCUGUUGACCUGGGGCUUUCCGUCCACCACCUUGCUUCUCUCAGGGUAACAUGGUUGGCUUUGAUUCAGGGUCCACCUCCUCUAUACCUCUCGUCCAGCCAGGCCCCUCGUGUCCUUCCUCUGCCUGUGGCCAGUUUCCCUGGGCCCAGGAGAUUGUUUCGUCAUAUCUGAUGGAUAGGAAUGGCCUCAGGUCCCUGCUUGCCUGACCCAGUAAAGUCUCUUGAGAAAUAGGGGCUGGAUGGAGUCAUGGAAGGCUUUCUUGACCCUCCUGCCAGGGUGGGAAGUUUCUAGUUCUUUGGAGCAGGAAUUAGGCGUAGAUGGAGAGGGCCUCCAA